AUGUCGCAACACUCGUUUUCUCCAAGCCAGUUUGCCGAGCCCGUUGAUCCGUUCAUCGAAGAUAUUCUCGAGCUGCAGCCGCAAGACGCGCUCGAUAUGGUCAUCGUCGAUGAUGUUGAUGAUGAUGCGAUGGCCGUCCCCGCAUCGGAACAGAAACGCGGUCGCUUUACUAGUGACAUCUGGUACCUCUUCACCGACGAUGUCGAACCGCAAAAGGUCAAGAGUGCCACAUGCAAGCACUGCGAGACGGCGUUCAAUCAUCAGUACAUGCAGAAUACAACCUUAGGUUUUAUUGUCAUAUACUAA